AAGGGAUGCAACUCUGUGGAAGCGACAAUAAAACACGUGUUAUUGUAUACAUUACCAACUUCAUAGAAAUAAUGGAUGACACUUGACCAAGAAGUUAUUAAAGAUGAAAUUUUCAUAUAAGUUUUCCAACCUACUGGGAUCAGUUUACAGGAAGGGAAACAUUCUUUUUAGUCCAGAUGGAAACAGUGUUAUCAGCCCUGUCGGAAAUAGGGUUUCUAUUUUUGAUUUGAAAAACAACCACUCAGAAACCCUCCCCAUUGAGAGCAACACCAACAUAACUUGUAUAGCUUUGUCACCAGAUGGAGUAACUCUCAUAUUAGUCAAUGAAGAGGGAGAUGCGCUGCUUUGCAGCUUGCUCAGUAGAACAGUAAUCCACACCUACAAAUUUCAUCGCCCUAUCAACUGUAUACAGUUUAGUCCAGAUGGGAAGAAGUUUGCUGCCACUCGGGACAACAUGGUUCAAGUGUUCCAUGCCCCAGGUAAAACGAAGGAGUUUAACCCGUUUGUUCUGUACAGGACGUUUUACGGGGCCUAUGAUGAGACAGUGUGCAUUGACUGGACCACAGACUCCAGAGCAUUUUGUGUGGGAUCGAAGGACAUGACUACAAGGGUUUACGGAACAGAGCCCUAUAAUAACCUGAUUGUGAACAGCAUUGGAGGCCACAAUGGUGCCGUUGUGGGGGCCUUCUUUGAAAAAGACUCAUUAAAUGUGUACAUUGCUAGUAGAUCAGGUCAUCUGAGUGUUUGGAAGUGUGACACGGAACUGGACGGACUGACACCAUAUACUAAACCUAAAAUGGAGACAGACGCAAAACUGGUGUCAGAUAAUGAAGAGGAAUCAGAAAAGAAAGAACAGGAGGAUGUUACAAAGAACCCAGUCAAAACUGAAGAGCAAAUCAAAUAUAGGAAGCUAGCAAAACAUUCAUAUAAAGAAUCUCUGGGAGAAGGAGCCAGAGUUUCCAAGCUGACCAGUGUGGCAUUCCAGAAGGAUACCCACAUCUUGGUGUCCGGAUUUAAGGAUGGAUCUUUCUAUCUUCAUGAGCUUCCAGAUUUUAACCUUAUUCACUCACUAAGCAUAUCAGACCAAACAAUAUCCUCAGUAGCCUUCAACAAGACAGGAGACUGGAUUGCGCUGGCUUGCUCUGGAUUGGGUCAGCUACUGGUCUGGGAGUGGCAGAGUGAGACUUACGUACUGAAGCAGCAGGGCCACUUCAACAACAUAAGCUGUCUGUCUUACUCCCCUGAUGGACAGUUCAUUGCAACUGGAGGUGAAGAUGGCAAGGUGAAGCUUUGGAACACAAGCAGUGGCUUCUGUUUCGUUACCUUCAAUGAACACCUGGGAGGAGUUACCGGGGUGACAUUCACUCAGAAUGGACAAGUUGUCCUCUCCUCAUCACUAGAUGGCACUGUCAGAGCAUUUGAUCUUAACAGAUAUCGUAACUUUCGGACCUUCACCUCCCCACGCCCGGCACAGUUUUCCUGUAUUACAGUAGACAACAGUGGGGACAUAGUGUGUGCGGGGGGUAUGGACACCUUCGAGAUAUUUGUAUGGUCCAUGCAGACAGGGAGACUCAUAGAGGUGCUGGCCGGACAUGAGGGACCAGUCAGCUCACUGAGCUUCAGCUCCAACAAAGCUCUCCUUGCCAGUGGCUCAUGGGACAAAACAGUCAAACUCUGGGAUGUGUUUGAGAGUAAAGGGGCUAAAGAAACCAUAGUGCUUUCCUCAGAUGUGUUGGCUGUAAGAUUCCGCCCUGAUGGAAAUGAGCUGGCUGUAUCAACACUGGACUCACAGAUAUCUUUCUGGGAUCCUGCUAAUGUAGUUCAAACUCACUCCAUCGAAGGUCGCCAUGACCUUGGGUACUCUAGAAAGGAAGGGGACAAAAUUACAGCUAAAAAGUCUGCAGCAGGAAAGGCAUUCAUGACGGUCUGCUACAGUGCUGAUGGGAAGUGUCUACUUGCAGCCGGCCAGUCCAAGAGUGUCUGUAUCUACUCUGUUCCUGACCAGCUCCUGGUGAAGAAGUUUGACAUCUCCUGUAACAUGUCUUUUGAUGGGAUGGAGGAGUAUUUGGAUAGGAAGAAGAUGACGGAGUGGGGCAGCUUGUCUUUGGUGGAUCAGGGGGAGGGAGAUAGAAACGGACACAGUAUCAGUCUCCCCGGGGUCAAAAAGGGCGACAUGAGCAGUCGUCACUGGAAACCGGAAGUCCGAGUGGUCAGCAUCCAGUUCUCUCCCACAGGCAGAGCAUGGGCUGCAGCCACCACUGAGGGUCUUAUGAUUUACUCUCUGGAUAGCAGUAUGGUGUUUGACCCUUUUGACCUUGAUAUUGAAGUGACACCUAACAGCACUAGAAAAGCAUUAGCAAAGGGGGAGUACUCUACAGCACUUAUCCUUAGUUUCAAACUCAAUGAAAUGAAACUGAAGCAGGAAGUUCUGGAACAUAUUCCUGUAUCUAGUGUUGAAGUGAUUGUGGAGAACUUGCCAGAUAUUUACGUGGACAAGUUGUUAGUGUUCCUGGCCACACAGAUAGAGAACACAACCCACAUAGAGUUCUAUCUGCUGUGGGUGAACAGAAUUCUGAUGAUCCACGGGCUGAAACUAAAGCAGAGGUCCCAGAGGAUCAUCAGCUGUGUGAGGACGCUUCAGAAGAACGUCAACAGGAAAUACGAAGAUAUAGGUAAAAUAUGUGACCACAAUAAAUACAGCAUUGACUACAUCCUGGCCCUGUCGCAGUGCAAGCGGAAACACGCACCCUCCUCAGACGGGGAGGGGGAAGUUGAGGGGGAGGGGGGAGACAGUGACAGUGUGAUGGAGGGGGUGGAUGAACUCGACUCCUCAGACGAGGACUUUAUGACAAAUCUCAUGGAAAAAGUCACCUAAUAAACUUAUUUUUAUCAUACAUCUC